AUGGUCCUGGAUAAGGACCCCGAUUUACGUCACCAUCUAACGCGCAUGGUUACUGAUGUUGCCGUCAAGCUCGAUCAGAACCAAAUGAUUCGGUUCGACAGCCUUCCUGUAUCGCUUAGUGCUUUCAUGCCAGAUGAUAUGGUACUUGCCUUAAUAUCGAUGGCUACAGAGUUUAGCCAACUCAAGAUUCGAGAGGAAGAAUGUCUUGAUCUCGAGGAGUUGAUUAGCUGCGGUUGCGUGCUUCCGCUACGUGGUGGAGGGUUGGCAAGUGUCGCUGGGAAAGUGAACGUUUUAUUGCAGAGUCACAUUUCGCGAACGUUUGUCCGCAGUUUUUCGCUGGCAUCGGAAUCGCUCUACGUUCAGCAGAAUGCUGGCCGCUUGUGUCGGGCAAUAUUUGAAAUAGUCUUACGAAGAGGAUGGGCGCAAGCGGCAAAUGCCUUUCUGACGAUGUCGAAAUGUAUUGAGAAGCGAGUCUGGCCUAACCAAAGUAGUUUG